AUUCCAAUUUCUUACGAAUCGUUAAUAAAACAGUGAGCCAUCUAAUUAAUUUUAUUGCUAGUAAUAUAUUGUAAAGAUAUAAUUGAAAUCCGUGCCAAUGAAAUUAUUCUAUCAUAAGUAUUCGUUUUAGUGCACUAGGUAUCUCAUCUUGUCUGUUUACUCUAACAAACACUCGCUCUAUCUCUCAGAAACCUCUUUAAUUACGAUACGAACAUGAGUAAAAAGCCCAUAUCAUUCGGCAAAAUCAGUUUCAACAUCGCUAAAGCACCAGAAAAUGCUAAAAGUGAGGAAGACAACCCAGACACAUCCACAUCAGGUUUUGGAACGUUUGGUCGCACUCCGAUAGAGGAGCAGAAGGAGAUUGACGAAAUAACGGAUGAUUUGGAGAGUCAGCAUGUUCAACAAGUGAUGGGGAUAAAGAAUUUCGGGAAGAAGGCUAAGAAUUUCAAUGUGGAGGAGAUGCUGGAACAGGCUAGGAAGACUGCACAAGAGGUUAGCAAAAAAAAGCUAGAAGAGGAAGCAGCCAAAGCAGCAGCAGAGCCUGAAGAUACACCCCCUGACGAAGAAGAGGACAUCAUCGGCCCACUACCACCACCUGCCAGUGAGAUCGGCCUACCGGUGGAGAAGAGUAAGAAGGACGGAGAAGACAGUUACGAUGAGCUCAGCAGUUCGGAGGACGAGGAGGAACUGAGCUUGGAGAAGAGGAUACCUAAUAGUCACGAGGUAGAAAUGCUGCACGGCUCAAAAGCUGUGGUAGCUCUGGCUGUAGACCCGUCUGGCGCCCGCUUGGCAACAGGAUCCGUUGACUACGAAGUCUCCUUCUGGGAUUUUGCAGGUAUGGACUCCUCGAUGCGAUCCUUCCGCACCCUGCAGCCCUGCGAGUCACACCCAAUCCGGGCGCUCCAGUACUCCGCCACCGGAGACUCUAUACUUGUGGUCAGCGGGUCCGCUCAGGCUAAAGUCCUAGACCGAGACGGAUUUGAGAUACUUGAGUGCGUUAAGGGGGACCAGUAUAUUGCUGAUAUGGCUAGGACCAAAGGGCACACGGCAGCGCUGAACAGCGGCUGCUGGCACCCUCACUCGCGCGACGAGUUCCUCACGUGCGCGCGGGACGGCACGCUGCGGCUGUGGCGCGCCGCCGCGCCCCGGGAACACAAGGCCGUCAUCAAGCCGAGGCAGCAGGGCGGGCUCAAGACUAACCCCACCGCCUGCGCCUUCUCUAGAGACGGUAACACGGUCGUCGCGGGCUGCUACGAUGGCUCCAUACAAAUGUGGGACCACAGAAAAAACUUCGUCAACACAUCAGUUUUGCUCAGAGACGCGCAUCAAAAACAAACUGAAAUUUCGAGUAUAGCUUACUCUUAUUUAGGCUCCUAUCUUGCUAGCAGAAGUAACGAUGAAACCUUAAAACUAUGGGAUUUAAGGAACUUCAAGAAACCGCUAAACGUCUUUGGCAACCUAUUCUCAAGAUACGAACAAACUGAUUGCUGUUUCAGUCCAGACGAUGCUAUGGUAUUCACCGGAGAGUCUCUACAACGGAACCAAGAAGUCGGUCGACUUAUAUUUUACAAUACUAAGACUUUUGAAAAGGUUACUGAGAUCGGAGUGUCAAAAUCACAUGUUAUUAAAGGUAUUUGGCAUGCGAAGUUAAACCAGAUAUUUGCCAGUUGUGGCAACGGUGUUGUCAAAUGUUAUUAUGAUCAGAAGCGAAGCUUAAGAGGAGCGAAGCUAUGUAUAGUGAAAACACAUAGAAAAAAACACUCCGUAGAAGUAGUGAGCUCUCAACAGAUAAUCACUCCUCACGCUUUACCUCUGUUCAGACAAGAGAAGUUAAGAACUAGCAAGAAAAAGAUGGAAAAAGAACGAUUAGAUCCAGUGAAAUCUCAUCGCCCCGACUUACCGAUAACCUCCGGGCAGGGAGGCAGAGUGGCUGCCUCCGGUAGUACUCUCAGUUCAUUUGUGAUCAGGAAUCUGGGUUUAAGUAAACGUGUAGAAGAUGACCAGGACCCGAGGGAAGCCAUUUUGAAGUACGCUAAGGAUGCAGAGGAGAAUCCGUUCUGGGUCGCUCCGGCUUAUAAGAAAACUCAGCCGAAACCGAUCUUUCAGAAUGGAGAGGAGGACGGACCUUCAGAUCCGAAGAAAUCGAAAUCGUAAUUUUAUUAAAGAAAUAAAGUGCAUAAAUUAAUA